AUGACCGAUCAAGAAAUGAACGCAGCUGUCAAAAACUUCCUCGCUAGUCCUCGCUUUGCCGUGGCAGGCGCCAGCAGCGACCCCUCCAAGUUCGGCCACAGAGUCUUUGCAUGGUACCUCCAGCGCUCUCUACCAGUUACACCUCUCAAUCCAUCCCGAUCAAGCGUCUCUGUCUCGUCCAAGGAGUACGAUACUGUGCCUUCGCCUUCAGCUCUACAACAGCCAAAGGAGACUGGAUUGAGUGUCAUCACACCACCUGCCGUAACCAAGAAGCUAUUGCAAGAGGCCAAGGAGGCAGGUGUGAGAGCCGUGUGGCUUCAGCCAGGCAGCUUCAACGAUGACAUUCUUGAGUAUGCAAUGAAAGAGUUUCCAGGCGCAGCAGUAGGUGGAGAUGGAGGUAGGGGUGGAGAAGGUUGGUGUGUGCUCGUGGAUGGAGAUGGUGGUCUGAGGGCUGCUGGAAGAGAACAAGGUCGCUUGUAG